AUGUACAACGACCUCGCCUACCAGCGCUACAACAUCAACAUCGCGAUCGGCACGCCUCCCCAGUCUUUCUCUCUGCUCUUCGACACUGGCUCAACGGACGUAUGGGUGCCUCAAGCCAACUCAUCAGGAUGCAGUCCAGACUGCCCUCCAGGAUUCGACUUUGACCCCACAGCAUCAUCGAGACUCGUUGAAACAAACGUUCCCUUUGACGCCCGCUACGGUCUCACGUCAGACCUGGCCGUCAUCGGACAGUACUACGACGAAAGCAUUUCCGCGUCCGGUCCCCCAGCGCUAUCAAACGCGCAAUUUGCAGUCGGAGACAUCCCAAGUCUUCUCUUCGUGCAGGGAAAUCGAGGGAUAUUCGGCCUAGGCUCGAGAUUGAGCGAGUCGGUCUACUGGAGCCGCACAUCCCCCUAUCGCGGCAAUUUGAGCGCAACGUAUACGCCGUUGUGGGAGAGAAUUGCGCUUGCCUCGGCCAAGGGGAAGAGGAAGUGCAGUGUCUGGCUCAAUGCUCAGGGUGCGAAGAAAGGGUCUGUACAGUUUGGCGGCGAAGAUCGCAGGAAGUAUCAGGGUGCUUUGGCUAAGGUGCUGCUCAACGUAGAUGCGGAAACCGGGCUGUCGGGUGGGUGGAAUAUCAACUUGACAGGCGUGACGCGGAUUUCCGAACCGGGUGCAGGUGAGAAGCAAAAGCGAUUGACGCCGGCAAACUACCGGUACAGCGUGGACUCUACAGUCGACUCCGGCAGUCCGAACAUGUAUGUUCCCCCAUCGCUAUACGAGGCCAUCGUCCAAGGACUCAGCACCACGGAUAUCAUCAAUGGCGCACCGUACCUGCCCUGCUCGCUCCGUACCACGGCCACUGUAUCCCUAGACUUCGACUUCCUCACACGCGUAAGCGGACACGUGGCGAAGCUCCGGGGUCUGUAUGCCGAGAUUAUCUACCCGCCUGGCUUCCUUGUCACCGUUCCACCCGUAGACGACAGGAACGGCGAGAAGAUGUGCUACUUCGGUAUCGUGCCCAACAACGGUCCGGUUCGGUUGCUCGGUGCGACGUUCCUGAGGAGCGCGUAUGUAGUCUUCGAUGCUGAGCGCUUGGAGCUUCGAAUGGCACAGGCGAGAUGGAGUGAACUGGGAGCGAUCGAACUAUGA